AUGAAUAAGAGCGCGGUGCGUAGUGAAGAAAGCCGCCAAUCAUCAUCGCUACCAUCCACUUACUCGUCGUCAUCAUUGAACUCAGAAGAUGAGAGGUUGGCGCUGCUUUCCGAUAUUAAUGCGCUGCAGGCCCUCUUCCCAGGCGUUACCCCAAAAGAGGAGACCCCUUUGAUAAAACACCCCAACAUGACUCCCGCCGUCUUCUCGAAGAAGUUCGAUUACGUGAUGGGAAUUUAUAGAGCCGUUGGCGUAACCUUCAAGGGUACCCGCGUUGGUCCCUCCACGCCGCAGUGGCUGCUUCUGACAUCAUUUGUGAUUCAGCAAAACGCAUCGCACUAUUCCGCAUGGAAGGACCGGCGCGACGUUUUUCUUCAGCCCUCGAGACUUCUCACAUCCACACGAGAUGCAUUUAUGGCGGAAAAUGGCCAGCAAUGUUGUGGCGACAAGAGUGACAGUCUUGCGAAGGUCAUUCAGGAGUGGCUGCCGGCGCAAUGCGACGUGCAGGGCCCAACGGGGGAGUACAGCGUGUGGAGGGCGAUACGUUGGGAGCUGAAGGCAAUGGAGCGCUUUGCGUUGAUGAAUCCCAAAAACUUCCAAGCGUGGCAUCAUCGGGGGGAAAUGCUGCGAGAGGCUCUAAUGCAUGCAAACUCCGCAGUAACGGGGUCACGAAGCGCUUUCGACGGUUACCUUCUUACUUGUCAUAACAUGCAGUUUUCUGACAUCGAUGAGCGGGUAUUUUGCGACGCCGCAUUGGACGAUGAUAGCAAAAACUAUCACGCAUGGUUGUACCGGUCGUGGUUCGUGCAUUCGUUUCCCUUCCUACUCCACCCACCUUCGUGGGACUCAUUAUUAGGCGGAGAUCAGGGUACUGAAGAUAAACACAGUGAACUGCACGCCGCACCCUUUCGGUCGUUUACGGUAGAAGAAGAUUGGCUACACAAGUGCUUGCAGCCCAUCAUCCCGGAAUGCCCCUUGAGUGAUGAGCUCACGAGUACAGCGAAACGCAUUUUGCAUGAUUGCAUGAACAACUCAGCAUGGUGCCAUCGUUUUUACGUAUUUGAACAUGACCUCAUCGUGCCACUAAUUCGUGUGAUCCCGCCACAACAGACGGAAGAGGCGAAGUUGAUACUGAAACGGCUGUGCGAAUGUGAAAUGUUUUACGCCCUUCAAUGGUGUGCCUACGAGCCCUGCAACGAAUCGUCAUUUGUGCAUGCACGCUGCGUUGCUGUUUUGCACCAAGCUGUUGCAAUUCAUCUAUGUCUAUCCUCACACGAAGAUGCACCACACGUUUUCCUCCGUGAUGAUGAGAUCAUCCAAGUUGCGGGCUCCUCAUCUCUUCGUCACAUGAAUUUACGGGACAAACUCCGGUGGGGAGCAUUCCUUGAAACCUUCCGCCUCCUCUUAUGUCAAGUGAAUGUAUUGAGCGACGUCAUAACGCCACGUGCAGAAGAGUUCCGCAGUGGCGGGGAGGGACGCGACGAUGCGACAAUCUCCGUUAUUCGCAAACGUCGCUCUCAGUUUUUGCUGGACAAUACACAUCAAGUGUACACGGCACGUUACCGUUGUUUGUUUACGAUACUUGAGUACAUGUGGCGUUGUUACUUUACAGUGAGUGAUAGGGAGAAUGUGGCCGCCGCUCUUCCACCAGAAGUUUACGCUGGGGGGGAUGCGGAGGCCGCUGCACUUGCGCAACAGCAAUCGGACGACUGUGUAAAGUUCUUCCUGGAAGCUGAGCUCCAGGCACUGCGGCUGGCACGGCGUCUAUUCGUUGAAGAUGACAUAAGAAGGAAAUAUUGGAAGCAUGAGAUGAAUAUCGUUAUGAACCGGGACUAUGUUUGA